AUGAAGAUAUUCUGCACGACCUUAAUCCUGUCCUUUUUCGGGGCGAAGGCGAUCGCUCAGAUAGCGCCCAUCGAAGGCUACGGUGUGGCAGACCUUGAAUGGGAAGUUGAAAUCUUCCCCGAUGGCCGCACUGAGAUCUUCAAGGGAACAAUCGAGCAGAUUGUCGAAAACUUGCAAAAGGUAAACCCUGAUUGGAAGCAAGAUUUCAACAUUUCCGCAGCCCCGGAGGCCGCUGCUGCGUCUGUCAACGAGCUUUUGGGCGAUGACGGGGAAUGGGCUGUUACCAAGCGGGCCGAUUGGUCUGAGUUUAGUGUCUCGUGCUUUGGGCGUUGGCAACCAGCGGAUGGAUGGCACAUUUAUGAGGGGAUAGAGUACCUUGCCAGACUUUCAGGGAAGCCUACGAACGGGCCGGGGCCAGGAAUUGUGGACGAGUGA